AGAGCGCAGGAACCAAGGCCCUCCUCUGCAACUUCUCAAAUGAGGAAGUUCAGUGCAGAUCUAGGAGCAGCUUCCUUUUAGAGCUUGAACAGGCACAGGAUGAUGAAGAGGUAGAACGGGUCCAUGCAAAGAUGAGAACGGCCGGGCAGAAAAGCUGAGAUCCAUAACGGUUGGAGGGAUUUUUGUCUUAAAUCGUUGACGACGGAUGCAAAACACUUGAGCUCACGGCUCUUGGGGUUUAAUACAGGAUGCCAAGUCAACAGCCUUGGUACCAUGACAAUAUAACUCGAUCCAAAGCUGAGGAUCUCCUCUCCAAAGCAGCAAGAGAUGGAAGCUUUCUUAUCCGGGACAGUGAGUCCGUACAGGGAGCUUACGCCCUCUGCGUUUUAUACCAGAACUGUGUGUACACAUACAGGAUCCUGCCAAAUGAGGACAAGAAGCUCUCUGUUCAGGCGUCUGAGGGAGUUCCAAUUAGGUUCUUUGCAAUGCUGCCUGAGCUGGUGGAGGCGUAUUACAGCCCCAACAUGGGCCUGGUCACACACCUGCAGUACCCAGUCCAGAGGGAGGAGGAGGUAGAAGAAGAGCAAGAAUCCAACAAUCAUCCACCGCGGCUUCCACCCCGGAACUUCACCGCUGAUGCAAAAGACUGUGAAUCCAAAACUUCAGAGCAGGCCACCAAGUCCUUGUCUGACAUGUAUCUGAUGAGGCUGCAGCACAUAGACCUGUCCAUGUUGUCAGACGAGCAUCAAAUGGCUGUUCAAGAAUACUUCAGGACCUCCAUCUUCUUGGAUGCUGAACAAGUGCAAAACGGCAACCCCAACCUUCCCGGCCUCAAGAAACUGAUCACGGCUGUGUGCAAAAAUCUAAACAGUGAAAUCUCUCGAAUCCUGCCCGCUCUGGAGAUCUUCCACAGAGCGUUGGAUCAGCAGCUCUCCCCAGGGAUUGGACCUAAACAAAUUCUUGCAGAUUCGGGUCAAUCUGUGUCCUAUAGGCUUGAACAGCUCACAAAAUUGCUGUACUCAAUAGAGGACAAGGCUAAAAGUUCAGUUUUUGAGGCGGUUGGCUAUGACGGAGGCCACCGGAAGUCUCUCAUACCAAUUGUUUCGUUCGAGGUGAAGCAAGAGUCUCUGGGUAUUUCAACAAAGAUGGUUCUGAAGGUGGAUGUUGAAAGUGGGAAACUGUACUUUAAGAAGUCUAAAGAUGGGCCUGAAGAUAAAUACUUUGUCCACAAUAAAAUCCUGCAGCUGGUGAAAUCCCAGAAGAUGCAUGCUAAACUCGUCAUCGUGGUUGAGACAGAGAAGGAGAAGAUCCUGCGUAAGGAGUUUGUGUUUGACGACACAAAGAAAAGAGAAGGCUUCUGUCAGCUGCUUCAACAGAUGAAGAACAAGCACUCAGAAAAGCCUGAGCCAGACAUGAUCACAGUGUUCGUUGGCACCUGGAACAUGGGAAAUGCUGGUCCUCCUCCAAACAUUGACUCCUGGUUUCACUGUAAGGGCCUGGGGAAGACGCGGGACGACACCGCCGACCAUAUCCCUCAUGACGUUUAUGUCAUCGGUACCCAGGAGGAUCCUUUGGGUGAGAGAGAGUGGUCCGACACGGUGAAGAAUGCUCUGAGGAAAAUCACCAACAUCAGCUUCAAGCAGGUGGCCACUCACACGCUGUGGAACAUUCGGAUCAUCGUCCUGGCCAAGCCCGAGCAUGAAAACAGGAUCUCCCACGUCUUCUCAGACAGCGUGAAGACGGGGAUUGCCAACACUUUGGGAAACAAGGGAGCCGUGGGAGUGUCUUUCAUGUUCAAUGGAACAUCCUUCGGCUUUGUCAACAGUCACCUGACCUCUGGGAGCGAGAAGAAACUCAGACGGAAUCAAAACUACAUCAAUAUCCUGAGGUUUCUGAAUCUGGGUGACAAAAAGCUCAACCCCUUUGACAUCACGCAUCGCUUCACACACCUCGUCUGGCUGGGAGACCUAAACUAUCGUGUUGAACUUCCAUCCUCAGAUGCUGAGGACAUUGUGGCAAAGAUCAAACAGCAGCAGUACCAGUACCUCCUGGGCAGAGACCAGCUCAACAAGGAGAGGAAUGACGGAAAGGUCUUCCUGCAUUUUGAGGAGGAGGAAAUAACAUUUCCACCCACGUAUCGCUUUGAGAGAGAUACACGAGAGAAGUAUGCCUACACAAAGGCCAAAGCUACUGGGACAAAAUACAACCUGCCAUCAUGGUGUGAUCGAGUGCUGCGAAAGUCUUAUCCUCUGGUUCAUGUUGUGUGCCAAGCAUACGGAUGCACUAAUGACAUCAUGACCAGCGACCACUCGCCUGUUUUUGCCUCGUUUGAAGUGGGAGUUGCAUCCCAGUUUGUCUCCAAGCAAGAUCCCAAUAGCGCUCCUCAGGGUGGUAUCCAGAUCAUGAACUGUGUGGCCAUCUUGCUGACAAAGUCAAAGACCAGGUUCUUUAUAGAGUUCCACUCCAGCUGCUUGGAGAAAACUGUGAAGACCUCAGAGGGAGAUAACACAGAUACUGACGGCGCCAUAAAAGUUUGGUUCGGGAAUAAAGUCGAGCUCACUCCGAUCAUCUCUGACCCCGAGUACCUCUUGGAUCAGCACAUCCUCAUAUGCGUGAAAUCGACAGACUCUGACGAGUCGUACGGAGAGGGAUGUGUUGCACUGCGAGCGGCACAGUUCUGCUAUAGGGAGUUCCAGAUCACGCUGACUCACCACGGAGAGAAGACGGGCACGCUGACUGGUGGCAUCCAGCUACGCACCUCUGAGUUUAAACCCACUGAGAAGUUAUACGAUUUCAUAAAAAUUGAAAGAGACGACGCUGCUCCUUCAAAGAGCAGAGGUGGAGACAACAGGUCCUCUGUUACACAAACACACGAUAUUACUAACCCCAAUUACAUGGGGUUUUCAUUCAAAAGUGGGAAUGUGACAGAUAAGGGCUGGAGUUACAGCAUGACCCCGAGAAAUGCUCCCAGUGGUGGACAAGGAGGUAAAGAGUCCAAGAAGCCCGGUUAUGAUAUGGGCCCAAGAAAUUCCACCGCCAUAAAUUAUACCGCGAGUGAAGAUGAGAAGCUGUCAGAGAUGUUAGACAACCCACUGUACGGUUCGAUGUCCAAAUUACACAAAGACCAAGCCCACCUCCAGCCAGACUUUCUUACACCAACAGCAGACGUAGAGUCUGAUCGCCCCCCGCUGCCCAUGCCACGCAACCGCUCCUUCACCUCCUCUGAGAACAGAUCCCAGCCUCCCACCCCCAUCAGCCUACAUCCCCCAGGACACAAGAAACCAGUGGUUCCCUCUCGCUCAGAGGGAGGGUUGGGACACAAUCAGCCUCCUCUGCCGUCCAAAUCCCGCCCAGAUCCACAGAACCCCAAACCCAGAGAUUACAGAGAAACCUCAGAGUUUCCCAGCAAACAGAGAAUCCCAUCAAGACCCGGUUCAUACCUGCCUAACAAAGACAUGCAUCCAGAGUUUCCAAAGACGGGCCGUCCAAUAAACUGAGAUAAAGCUGCAAAAAAAAGCCAGCACUGACAGAACAGCUGCCUUUCCUGCAUUAAGUGAAGCCAAAGCUCCAACUGCUUCUUUUCAUCACUGUGUCACAGUAUAGCCUAUUACUUUUCUGCACUGUCAAAAAAACAUAUUUCUCCCUUUGUUAUAGAUUUGAGUUAACUAGUGUUGCACCGAUACCAUUUUUUUGGCCCCGAUACUGAUACCUGAUACCUGGCUGUGCAGUAUCGGCCGAUACCGAUAAUAUCUGUUUGAAAUUGAUGUGUGUGUGUAAAUAUGAAGAAAUGCAUACUACUUGGAUGUAAAAUAAUUGUUGCCUACCUUUGUGAAGCAGGAAAAAAUCUAAUACAAAGUCGAAUACAAUAGUUGGAAAAAAGUUUAGCUCUCGAAAUGGUAUCGGUGCCCUAUUUGUUGGUACUCGCCGAUACAGAUACCACCAUUUUAGUGCUGGAUCGGGGCCCGUCCCAAUACUGGUAUCGGUGCAACACUAGUUAGAACUAAGCUACAUUUCCAGUCUUAUGCUAAGCUAAGUUAUCUAAACGAUGGCUGCAGCUUUAAAUUGAUCAGAUCACACCUGGUGGGGGCCCAGCAAGCUGUCAGUUUGUUCCAUAUAAGCCACUUAAUGGGAUCUGGGAUUAGAAACUAAACAUAACUAGUAUUGCUAUGUUUUUAUUAGCUUAGUUUUUAUUUUUUUUGUUUCCUCGCCAAGUCAGCUAUGUUUCUAUGGUAGUCCAAAGAGGUCAAAGCAAAUGUGAGAUCAAGAAAUGAAAUCACAUUAUAUUUCAGUUUGA